ACCGUCACUCAUCGCUGUUGUAAAGUUUGUGGAAGUUAGAAACCUGCUUCAGCUUCAUAUUCCAUCAACUCUACACUCUUGUGUCUUAGUUUGAACAGCAGACAUGCAUUUUGUGAUCCCUGUAUGCGUAAUGACUGUGUUUUGGGGCCUUGUUGGAGGAGUGGUGCCGUGGUUUAUACCUAAAGGACCAAAUCGGGGUGUUAUUGUGAUCAUGCUGGUCCUAACAGCAGUUUGCUGCUACCUCUUCUGGCUGAUUGCCUUUCUGGCGCAGCUGAACCCACUGCUUGGGCCGACACUCAGCAACCACACCAUAUGGUACCUCUAUUAUCACUGGGAAUAAUUUUUAAUCGUAGUCUCUUUAUCAGAUGCAUGUAUAUGGCCAAACAUCCACUUCACUUUCUCAUAAAGGGAAGAAUGAAUCCAUAGGCUGUCUGUGUGUGUUGUAAAAUGUGGUUUCUAAUUUUUCUUGUUUGUCUUUUAAAGGAAAUAAUGAACAAACUGAAGAUGUGUAUUUUUUGUAAUUUUGUCCAUUACCAAAAACGUCAGUGUAUUUGGAGUAUUUUUAAACUCUGCCUUUGUUAAUGCAUUUCCUUGUCUUUUUGUAUUUAUGUAACUAAACACUGAAUAAAUAUUUCCAGAUGUCAUUUA